GGUUCGGAUCAAGAUACAACGAAUAUGAACCACGAAAAUAUUCAAUUAUAUGAAUAAUUGAGUUUGGAUAAUUAAUAUACGUCAGCAAAUAACAAAGCAUGGUUUCAUGUGGGAAAGGACACAGACCUUUGUCAGCUUACCACUAUCUAAUUGUCGACACUGUCUAAGGUAGUCUUCAACUCCACGUGCUCAUGGAACUGGCUGUUGUUUGUUUCUUGUAUUAAUGCUGCUAUAACACACAGAGAGACAGAGAAAAUGAAGAAGGUAUCGAUGUGUGUAUAGUGUUCGUGUUUCUUAAUUUCUUUGUGCUUUUGAUCCUUUUGUUCUUUUUCUUUCGUUUUUCGAAUUGUUCUUGUUUUGAUCUUGUUGAGAGAGAGAGAGAGAGAGAGAGAGAGAGAGAGAGGGGAAAAAAAAAAAAAAAAAAAAAAGAAGAAGAAGAGAGAUGGGUUGGCAGUCUCUGGUAAUGGAUGCAUGGAUUAGAGAAGCAGAGGAGGCUUCUAAGUUGGUGGAAGAUUUAGAAAACAAAUACAAGAACAAAAACCCAGAACAAUGGAGACUCAGAGACGCUGGUUUAUCCAAGCUUUUGGAGCUUGGAGUGAAGCUUGAUCGCCUUGAAUCACUCCUGCGCAACCCACCUACAAAACCCGUCUUAACCAAAGAGGAUGUGGAAUUUCGUUGGAAAAUGCUGUCAGAUAUCCAGAUAAGAACAAAAGCACUAGUUCUCAAUUUUUCUUCAUUACCAUCCCCAAGUAGGCAAGGAAGCUUACCGAUCGUAGAAACCAAAACAGAUUGCAAUGAAGCACUAGAUGGUCUGAAGCUUUCAUCAUCUAAAGAGGAUCUAGAGCUUCUCAAACCUCUUAUUUCCGAGGAUGUAACUUUUGGUCAAGUGGAGAUUAAACCGUCCAAUUCUCACACUUCUUGGAAAGCAUUUUGGAAGACUUGCGGGACAAUUUGCGUGGUUUUGUGGGUGACUGCAUUUCUAUUUGGCUUACUCUUCCUCUGCAUGGCUUUAUAAACAAUCCCUUUGAUUGGCUUAACGAUUGCUAUAAGACCUGCAAAGCAGCAUUUUUGUUCUUCAAUUUCAUGCUUUUGUUUUGGUCUUUUCUUUGUCAUGAAAGUAAAUGCCUAUUUGAGAUGUAAAAGUAACAUAAAAUUGAAGAAAAUGAAGAGGGAUAUUAUAUUACACAUUA